CGGUGAAAAAUAAAUAAAUGAAGAAUGUGAUUUUAGUUGGAUUUCUUACUUGACUCGUGAACUAUGUUUGCAAAUGGCUAAUGUCUUCUUCUUAAAAUUUAGAUUAUUUAUAAACAAGAAGAAACAGCUGAUGGGCCCUUUUAUCUUGUAUACAGAUCGGAACAUGUAAGGACAAAACAAUCCAUUUCGCCUUCAGACUAUCUCUAUAAGACUACCAUAUUCUGGGUUCCAGAAAAAGCAUUUUAAUUUCGAUCCACAAAAUCAGCUUUUCUCUUCUUUCCAGGAGCAUCAUUUGAAAAGAAGCAAUAGCCUAAGUUUCAAGCUAAAAUGGUUGGUUGGUGGCGGCUUUAGAAUCGAAUAAUUCUAUCAUUCCCAAUCUCAAUUCAAGUGGGAACGAUUCUUCUGUCUAUAAAAGGUCAAGUUUCAGAGCAAUCGGUGGAUACUUGUCUUCUGUAAUGGCAGAGCCUUGCAUUUCUUGUACAACUUUUAACAUUUUAGCUCCUAUUUACAAGCGCCUCGAUGACCAGAAUCAAAGCCUUCGAGAAAGCGACUUCAAAGAAUCCUGGUUCAACAGAAACCAGACGAUUUUGGAUUGGUUGCUAUAUGAAAGAUCUUCCAUUAUAUGCCUUCAGGAGUUUUGGGUUGGAAAUGAAGAACUCGUGCGCAUGUAUCAGGAGAGACUUGGUGAUGCAGGCUACAUUACUUUCAAGCUUGCACGAACCAAUAAUCGUGGAGACGGGCUUUUAACAGCUUUACAUCAGAACUACUUCAGGGUUCUAAAUUAUCGAGAAUUGCUUUUUAAUGACUUUGGAGACCGAGUGGCUCAACUAUUACAUGUUCAAUCCGUUGUUCCCUUCUUACCAAGCCAAAAGAACUGCCAACAAGAAAUUCUAAUUGUAAAUACCCAUUUGUUAUUUCCUCAUGAUUCCAGCCUAUCUGUUGUAAGAUUGCAUCAGGUAUAUAAAAUAUUGCAAUAUCUAGAAGCAUAUCAGACAGAAAACGAGCUUAAUCGCAUACCAAUUAUACUCUGCGGUGACUGGAAUGGGAGCAAACGAGGUCAUGUUUACAAAUUCCUUAGGUCAAGGGGAUUUGUAUCAUCCUAUGAUAAUGCUCAUCAAUAUACUGACUGUGAUGCAGAUGCUCACAAGUGGGUAAGCCAUCGGAAUCAUCGGGGGAACAUCUGCGGAGUUGAUUUUAUUUGGCUUCAUAAUCCUGGUAAUAAAUCAAGAAAACCACUCCAGGCUAGUUGGGCUGAAGCAGUCUUUGGCAUUAUAAAGAAUCAGCUUCAAAGAGCUUCCUUGGCUGAAGAUGAUGCUUUUGCCUUUUUAAAGGCCGACAACAAUGGUGAUGUUAUUACUUAUUCAGCUUUCUGUGAAGCUCUCCGCCAGGUAAAUUUAGUUGGCCAACCAUAUGGACUGAGUUGCCAAGAAACAAAUGAUUUAUGGAAACAAGCAGAUAUUGAUGGAAAUGGUGUCGUUAGUUAUGAAGAAUUCAAGCAGAGGAUGUGGAAUUCAACAUGUUCAGUGCAAAUAAAAGACAAUUUUAGUGACAAUACGGAUACUUCCAAAGAGUGUACAGAACAAGAGAUAGUUGGUUUCACAGUGAAGAAUGCGUUUCUCUUCCCCCGUGAAGUUGAAAAAGGAUUAUGGCCGGAGAACUACUCUCUUUCUGACCAUGCCCGACUGAGUGUUGUAUUUUCACCAAUGCGGAUGCCGGGUCCUUGACGCAUUUUCACUUAAGAAGUGGGCAUAUUUUGUAGAGAAUUUUGUAAAAGUUCUGAGAAUCAUGCAUGGACAGCCCAUAGAAAUUCUCGUAUUGGGUUGCUUGUUUGUCUUUGAA